AUGGAAGAGACUCUGGAAGGCAAAAGUGCCUGGAUUCAUGGUGCUGACAAACCAAUGCACCCAAAACAAAAGCAGUUUUGGAGACCGGCUGCCCCAGGAACAUGGAAACUAAAUGAUCGUGGUAGCUUCCUUCCAAACAUUGAUCGUGGUGGUGCAGGGGGUGUUAUGCGGAAUGAAGCAGGACAUUUUUAUGCGGCUUUUGCAACUCUUGUCCCGUUUGUAACUUCGGCAAAGCAGGUUGAACUGUGUGCUAUUAGUGAAGGCUUAAAGUUGGUGACAGCAAUGCAGAUCAGCAAUGUUGUCAUUGAAACAGACUGCUUGGAGGCUGUCUCUAGUAUUAUGGACAUCCAUUUUACUCAUGUCAAUAACGAGGGCAUCAUUGCUGACAUCCACUAG